GACGUUGAACACAUUACUUAUUCGACCAGCAUGGCGGCGGGACAAGCGUUCAGGUUAAGCUGUUUAUACGGACGACUACUGUGCUUUGCCAAACCAAAGGGUUUUCAAGCUAUAAAUCUAAAGUGCACUCAUCCCAAAUCCACACACAGCAUCUUUUCAGAAGACUACAGUUGCAAAGUGGACCUUGCCUUGACAUCAGAUGGCAGAACCAUAGUGUGUUACCACCCUGCAGUGGACGUCCCCUACGAACACACCCAGCCUAUCCCUCAACCAGACCCCCUGAACAGACCUGAGGAAACACAUGAUCAGGUUCUGAAGGCUCACUUGAAUAAAGAAGUUUUGCGAAAUAAACAGGCGCCCACCAUUGAAGAGCUGAGCAAGAUGUUCUACACCACUAAACACCGCUGGUACCCAGUAGGACAGUACCACAGGCGACGUAAAAAGACUGACCCUCCCAGAGACAGAUAGUCUUGAACACAGCUGACAUUCAAGAAAUGGUGACUUUGUGCUGUCUGUGAAGAUGUUUGAAGUCCUCGAAUAAAAACUGCAGUUCUAAUUGCUUUACAGUA